CGCGACGAAAGUAGUCCAGCGUCUUCCUCCGCUCCGCGCAGUGACGCUGGGUGACGCGUUGGGUAGUCGAGCUUCCAGGCGUGAGAUCUGCAAGAAGAAUCAAGCGUCCAAGACAAUUCAGGGUCAAAAUCUUGUGCAUUGUCUGGUGCGUCCUGCGGUUGAUAUGCUCCUACGAUCCUGAAACAAGUUGCACCUAACAAAGAUCCUACUUGAAGGUGACGGAGAAUGGCAGAAGCAGCGGUUAAAAUGCCUGAAACAAGUGGCAAAAAGAAAGGCGGGCCAAGGACCUAUGGAGGCCGAUCUGGGAAAAAGAUCAAAGCAGAUCCAGAUGGUUUGCCUGAUGAUGAUCAGGGCUCUGGAGCGGAGGAGGAAAUGGAGCCUCCAAUGUCACCUCCACCUAAAAUAGGUCUUCGCGUACGGAAACUGCCUCUGGCUAAUGAAAACAUUGAAACCAGUGAGGAAUCUGAUUCUGGUGCCAGCAAAAAGAAAGGAAGGAACUCUGUUAACAACAAUAACAACCAAGGAAAUGGUAAAAAUACAAGAAGGAAGGCGGCUACUCCAAAGCAGCCUGCAGACAAUACAGAUGAAACUGACGAAAACUCAGACUUUCAGGAUGGAGAUGUUGGCCCUCAUUCAUCUAAUGCCCGUAAUCAGCACAAAUGUCCUAUCUGUAUGAAGAGCUUCCCAACUAUUUCUAGCUUAAAGGUUCAUGAGAAGAAUUGUGAACCAAUGCCAUCUGAUGCUGAUUUCCGAGGAGGUGGUGAGAUGAUCCUGCCUGACAAUUUGGAAGAUGUUGAGGACAUGGAAGGAGAUGAAAACAAUCUGAUGGAGCUGAGCAACAUCGCUGCUGAUAUGCCUGGAAAAUGCCACUGUUGUGGAGAAGACAUGAAAGGAGCUCAUGAGAAUGGAGAGUUCUCAUGCCUCGAUUGUAACAAGCAAUUUAAGCUCAAAUCCAGUUUGGAGCGUCAUCGACGUGUUAUUCAUGCUGAGGGAGACACAUACUCUUGUCCUGAAUGUAAUGCACGUUGCCCUGAUAAAGGAACACUUGCCAGACACAUGUAUACUCACACAGGCUUGAAGCCAUAUGAAUGUGAUCGCUGCAACAUAAAAUUCAGUAGGAAAUACCACUUGGACCGCCAUGUGUUGCAAAGUGGUUGUGAUGGCAAUGCGCGUCCACAAUACCCUUGCCAGGUGUGUGGCCGAAUGUUCAACCGUAAAGAUAAUCUCCGAGAGCAUUUGCGAGCUCAUGCAGGUCAAGUUAAGCGCAAGCGAACAUACACAUGUGAAAUGUGUGAAAAGGAAUUCCAAGGCACCACUCUUCUUCAGAUUCACAUGAGGACCCAUACUGGUGAGAAACCUUAUGCUUGCUCAUACUGUCCGAAGGUGUUCCCCUCAAGUAGUGCAAUGAAAAAGCACACCCGCAUUCAUACUGGUGAAAAGCCCUAUGAGUGCAAGGAGUGUUAUGCUAAAUUCACUGCCAAGGAAACAUUGAAUAGGCAUAUGCGCACUCACACUGGGAAUAAGCCUCACAGUUGCAAGUACUGUGGAAAAACUUUCAUUCAGCUGUCUCAGUUGAGAGCUCACAUCUUCCACCACACAGGUGAGAAUGGCUAUACUUGUGACAUCUGUAGAAAGGCAUUCAACCGCAAGUCCCGACUUGAUUUGCAUGUCAAGUAUGUUCAUGAAGGAGCAAAGCCAUUUGAAUGUACCGAAUGCAACAAGACCUUUGUUCGUAGAGAGGACAUGUCUCGUCAUACUGUUCUCCACUCCGGGCUCAAAGCUCACAAGUGUCCAAUUUGUGACAAGACAUUUGCCAUGAAAUCAUCACUUAAAAUCCAUUUGUUGACUCACACUAAGGAACCUCCUCGCUCCUGUGAAGAAUGUGGACGUGCAUUCAUCCGACAAGAUUGUUUGCUACGCCACAUGCGCACCAAACAUCGUGACAUGCUUGAAAACAUUAUGGCUGAAGCUGAGAGGAAGAAGUUGCAGGUUCAGUUGCUUGUUGCUGCCAAUGAAAAUAAUGAUGGUGAAAGUGAUGGUUAUCCUCGUACCAUUCAAAGAUCUGCCAAAAAUGUUUUGGAAGAUGCUGCAUUGGCUGAAUCGGUUCGUGAGCUUCUUACUUUGUUGGUUGAUGAAACCACUCUCCGCAACUUUGGGUGGCCUGAUGCCCCAAUUGACGAGCUGUUGGAUGCAGUAAUUAAGCGCUGUGGUCACCCUUCUGCAGGCUGUGAUGACAUGCCUUACAGUGACAGGUUACGCCACAAUGCCAAACUCCUAUUUACUGUUGUAAUUGAUGACCAAGCUGUUAAGACUCUUCUCAACAAUCAGACUGUGGAUGAAGUGAUCCUGCAUGUUUUGCGUCUUGCUAAGUCGUAAAAUGCUGUACAUAUCUUGACAUUAGCAACCAUCUUAAAUGUCCUUUGCGGCUAUGUUCUGUUUUUUGGAUUAAACCAGUCUAAUGACAGGAUUGGUGAGGUCAAUGUUAAGCUAUUGGUUAUGUUGUAAAUUUACACUGUUUGUUGGUCUUUACUGAAGUGUAUUUAUCAGUUCACACAAUGACCUGAAUAUUCUUUAACAAUUUUCCAAGAAUCAACAUAAAAUUAAGUGUCGGUCUGCAAUCUUUUGUCAUCUUUUCCAAGAAAGUGCAAGGGUUAUACAUUGGAAGAGUAUUGCUUCCAAGAUUUUAUUUAAUUGCGGACAUUAUUUUCUUUAUUGUACUGAAUAUGAUAGGCCUAGGAUAAUUGAACAAUUAUGUGAAUGAAAUGUAUUUUCCUUGUGUAGGUGAGAUGACUGUAUAUAAUUUAGAUUUAGGUAAGGUGACCCCUGAGGUAUUAUAUUUUUGCCUUAAAUUGUAGUUUUUUUUACAUGAGUAUUAUCCAGGACUUUACCUGUGUGUAGUAGUUUCAAUCGCUUGAAAUUUUUUACACUGUCUUGGUUUCUAUUAUAUUUUUUCUAGCAAAAUUAUUAAUUAAAUUUAAUACACAUUUCUUGUUUUGCCGGCAAUGGGCAAAAUUAUUUUUCUAAUUGAGGUUUUAUGUGGGGAGUAUCAAAGAUGCCUUGUCUGUAAUUGUCAAUUCUUAACUAUUAAUCAAAUGUGAGCAAUUUUUGCUGAACCUCUUGUGUCUGAUCUAUAUUGUGAUGGUGAUUUUCAGUCCAGUGAUUAUCUUCCAUAUCUGAUGUUCUCAUGUACUCAUGUAUGAUGCAUUACGUGUUCUGAUUUGAGGUUGGCAGGCUCCAACCUUAUGUCUUCCUUCCCGCCUCACAAUUUUCUGAUAGUGCAUGUUGAGGAACACAAUGUAUCAUUGCUUUGAUAAAUCCCUAUUUUUGUCAUGUAUUUUCUCAUGGGAACUGAAUUGAGUAAUACUUGUUUCUAACUUCAAAUCCAAGACCAUGAAAUAAUGUGUAAACAUUUCUUAUGGGUUCAAGGUUAAUUAAGUAUAACAAUAAAGUUCUUCAAAUUUUA